UCAGUAACGACCAAGAUUUUGAUAGUAUUAAACACCAGAUGUUAUCAUCCCGGAAACUUACAUUAUUAGAAUAAAAUAGUAGUGGAAUCAAGAAUUCCAAAAUCCAAAGAAAUUGAAAUCUCUGACAGUCUCUUAUAUAUUCAAGUAUUUAUAGUAAGACUGCGAGAGUGAAGCCACCAAAAGAGACGAAGAACAAGGAAGGGAAGCUCAGAGCUCUCCGUUUUCCCCGGAAGAAUUGGCUUCCUCCUCCUUCCAAAUCCCUUCAUUCAAUUAUCCUAUUUCCGUCCAUUUUCUAGAUUCUCAUUUUGAGGCUCAAUUUCUUUCUCCUUAAUUUUUUUUGUUUCCUCUCAAUCUAUCUUCCCCCUUCCAAUUUCCCCCCAUUUCUUUCAUGGAUACUCGCCGGAGGCCUCCUAAGCCUUCUUCUUCUUCUUCCCCCUCCUCCUCCUCCACCCCACCUCCGCCGCCGUGUCCGAACGCCGUCUCUUUCGACCACCACCAACCACCGCCCCGCCAACCCAGGGCCUCCGAUGCCCUGCCGCUUCCCCUGUUCCUCACAAACGGUGUUUUCCUCGUCCUAUUUUUCUCCGUCGCUUACUUCCUUCUCCACCGCUGGCGUGACAAGAUCAGAACCUCCACCCCUCUUCACGUCCUUACCCUCUCCGAACUUGCCGCCAUUCUCUCUCUCAUUGCUUCCUUUAUCUACUUGCUUGGCUUCUUCGGCAUUGAUUUCGUUCAGGCCUUCGUCAAUCGCCCUCCUAACGAAGAAGAAGACGAUCUCGCCUGGGACGAAGUCGUCCCAAUUGUCGACCAACCUCCUGCCUCCUCCGCCGCCUCAGCUGCCUUUAUUGUGAAAAACCCAGAUCGGAAAGUUAUGGAAUUGGGCUUGGAGGACGAGGAACUCGUCGAAUCUGUUGUUUCCGGCCGGACUCCGUCGUAUUCGUUAGAAUCGACACUCGGCGAUUGUUUUAAAGCGGCGUUGAUUCGGAGGGAGGCGGUGCAGAGGAUUACGGGGAGGUCUCUUGCCGGGAUGCCAUUGGAAGGGUUUGAUUACGAUUCUAUUUUGGGUCAAUGUUGCGAGAUGCCUGUGGGUUACGUCCAGAUUCCGGUGGGGGUUGCCGGGCCGUUGUUGAUGAACGGCUGUGAGUAUUCGGUUCCGAUGGCUACAACGGAGGGUUGCCUGGUUGCUAGUACUAACCGGGGUUGUAAAGCUAUUUAUGCUUCCGGCGGUGCCACCAGUGUUCUGUUGAGAGAUGCCAUGACACGAGCUCCGGUGGUGAGGUUCCCGACUGCAAAAAGGGCCACCCUUUUGAAGUUCUUCUUGGAAGAUCCUCUCAAUUUCGAGACCAUCUCCCUAAUAUUCAACAAGUCCAGCAGAUUUGCUAGGCUACAGGGUCUUCAAUGCUCUAUCGCCGGCAAAAACCUUUAUAUCAGAUUUAGCUGCAGUACUGGAGAUGCUAUGGGGAUGAACAUGGUAUCUAAAGGCGUUCAGAAUGUUCUUGACUUCCUUCGUACUGAAUUUCCAGACAUGGAUGUCAUUGGCAUUUCUGGAAACUUUUGUUCUGAUAAAAAACCUGCUGCUGUUAACUGGAUUGAAGGACGCGGUAAAUCAGUUGUUUGUGAGGCAAUCAUCACAGAAGAGGUGGUGACCAAAGUUUUGAAAACCACUGUACCCGCCCUCGUAGAGCUUAACAUGCUCAAGAACCUCACAGGUUCUGCUGUAGCUGGUGCUCUUGGUGGCUUCAAUGCUCAUGCUGCCAACAUUGUCUCGGCUGUUUUUAUAGCAACUGGACAGGAUCCUGCGCAAAACAUUGAGAGCUCCCACUGCAUCACUAUGAUGGAGGCCAUAAACAAUGGGAAAGACCUGCACAUCUCAGUGACAAUGCCUUCCAUUGAGGUUGGUACAGUGGGUGGCGGGACUCAACUUGCCUCUCAGUCAGCUUGCCUGAACCUGCUUGGUGUCAAAGGGGCAAACAAAGAGUCCCCUGGAUCAAAUGCCAGGCUCCUAGCCACCAUUGUAGCUGGAGCCGUGCUGGCUGGAGAACUAUCGCUGAUGUCAGCCAUUGCAGCUGGACAACUGGUUAGGAGUCACAUGAAAUACAACAGAUCAAGCAGAGAUGUGGCCGCACUUGCUUCUUCUUAGACUAGGUAAAGAUUAUUGAGCUCUUCUUAGACUAGGCCAGUUCAGUCGGUGGUUUGAUUCAGCGUCCCAAUUCCUGUAUUUGAUGUUACUACCAUAACCUAAGUUAACUUCUAGAGCUAAAUUUUCCAUUGUGAACUAUCAUAUCUUUGACUUCACAAUUUUAUGACACCACCAUUUUACUCCGCAGUAUAGUGUAGAAUGUAGAUCAAAUCGAAAAAUAUCUAUUCUGGAGAUUACUUUUUGCUUGACAGUAAUACCAACCUUCUGCAUUAUAAUUGCAUAGAAUUACAAAACAUUAUGUGAUUUUAUUAGAUAUGAUAUCCUAACGAAAUUACAUCGUUUAUUAAUAGGACACGAUAGAUACAUGGAACCAGUGCAGAGAGGAUCUCAGUUAAGGGUGAGAGAUGCAAGGAUAUGUGGCUGUGAUGGGGAAGGGGGGAGACAAGAGUGGAUGAUGCUCAGUACACUAUCAUGUGAGGAUGAAGCUGUAAAGUUGGGGAGAAAAAGCAUGUGAAUCAACUAAGUAAAAGCCCCCACAACACAAAAAUACAAUGGAAAUGAUUAUGGAGUUUGGAGAGUGUCUCUCUCUUCCUCUGGGCCAAAGUUGAAAGGCUUGAAUGCUUCUUCUUCAUUUGUGUUAGUGUCAUUAUGGUUCUUACCACUAAUGGGGUGGUGUUCUUUUUAAUUUUUUAAUUAGGGUUGAUUGAGUGUAAAUUAUUGAAGAUGAUGCUUUUGCAAUGUUUGUUCUUUUUUAAUUUAUUUUUUCUGGGCUCAAGUUGAAGCCAGCCUCUGCUUUUCCUCUGUUGAUAAAUUCUUGGGGACGAUACAAUUUAUUACAAAGUUAAUAAUGGGAUUUGUGGUGGGGUUUAUUUAACGUGUAUGCCAUGAUUGCACUUAAAAAAUUAUCCACCUAAUCGCUAGAUUAUUCUUUUACAUAUUCAAGUCAUAAGCAAAAUAGAUCAAAUGGAUAUCUUUUAAUUUUUCUUCUCUGAUUGAGAGAAUCUAGCGUCAUAGUUUAGGUGAACAACCAACCCAUAAUCUAUCCGUGAUUGAAAUUAUGCCGACAUUCAAAAGAAUCAGCAUCCAG